UGGAUUUUCCUGAUACCGCUUGGUUUCGUCUGCCGAUAUUUAGGCGUUCGUUGACUUCUUUCCAUAACUUUUUACGUGUCAAUACAUUCGCCUUCUGAUUGAGUUGGCGGUUGUCUUCGGUGUGUGACGUGCAUUUGAUUCAAAGAGGAAAAUGCACCAAAUUUGUUUAAUUUUUCUUUUGGGAGCAAUUCUUCCCUGUUGUUUUGCUUCUGAAUCCAAGAAGGAGUCCAUUGGUACUGUUAUUGGCAUUGAUUUAGGUACAACAUAUUCAUGUGUUGGAAUUUUUAAAAAUGGUCGAGUGGAGAUUAUAGCCAAUGAUCAAGGUAACCGAAUCACUCCUUCUUAUGUUGCUUUCACUGCAGAAGGUGAAAGAUUGAUUGGAGAUGCUGCGAAAAAUCAAUUGACAACAAAUCCUGAAAACACCAUUUUUGAUGCAAAACGUCUAAUAGGAAGAGACUGGAAUGAGCCAACUGUACAAAAGGACGUUAAAUAUUUCCCUUUCAAAGUCAUUGAGAAAAAUAGCAAACCACACAUUCAAGUAAAAACUGCACAGGGUACAAAGACAUUUGCUCCUGAAGAAAUAUCUGCUAUGGUUUUGACCAAAAUGAAAGAAACAGCUGAAGCAUAUUUAGGGAAGAAAAUCCACCAUGCUGUUGUAACUGUUCCAGCAUACUUCAAUGAUGCUCAGCGUCAAGCAACUAAGGACGCUGGUUCCAUUGCAGGAUUAAAUGUCCUUCGUAUUAUUAAUGAACCAACUGCUGCAGCCAUUGCCUAUGGGUUAGAUAAGAAAGAGGGCGAGAAGAAUGUUUUAGUAUUUGAUCUGGGUGGUGGUACUUUCGAUGUUUCCCUACUGACUAUUGAUAAUGGUGUAUUUGAAGUAGUUGCUACAAAUGGAGACACUCAUCUUGGUGGUGAAGAUUUUGACCAGCGGGUCAUGGAAUAUUUCAUGAAGCUAUACAAGAAGAAAACAGGCAAAGACAUCCGCAAAGAUAACCGAGCUGUUCAGAAACUGAGGCGAGAAGUAGAAAAGGCAAAACGUACAUUGUCUUCUGCUCAUCAGGCCAGGGUGGAAAUUGAAUCUUUCUUUGAAGGUGAAGAUUUUAGUGAAACAUUAACCAGGGCUAAAUUUGAAGAAUUGAAUAUGGAUCUUUUCCGCUCUACAAUGAAACCAGUCCAGAAAGUCCUAGAAGAUGCCGAUUUGCAAAAGAAAGAUAUUGAUGAAAUUGUUCUGGUUGGUGGUUCUACUCGUAUUCCAAAAAUUCAACAAUUGGUCAAGGAAUUCUUUAAUGGUAAGGAACCCUCACGAGGUAUCAACCCUGAUGAAGCUGUUGCUUAUGGUGCUGCUGUACAGGCUGGUGUUCUUAGUGGUGAAGAAGACACAGGUGAGCUUGUACUUUUGGAUGUGAACCCCCUUACUCUUGGUAUUGAAACUGUUGGUGGAGUUAUGACCAAACUAAUUCCAAGAAAUUCAGUCAUUCCAACCAAGAAGUCUCAGAUAUUUUCUACUGCUGCAGAUAACCAACCUACUGUUACUAUUCAGGUUUAUGAAGGUGAGAGACCAAUGACAAAAGAUAACCAUCUCCUUGGAAAAUUCGAUCUAAAUGGCAUCCCUCCUGCACCCAGGGGUGUGCCACAAAUUGAAGUGACUUUUGAAAUCGAUGUGAAUGGUAUUCUCAAGGUCACGGCUGAGGACAAGGGUACAGGAAUCAAAGAGAAGAUCACUAUCACCAAUGAUCACAACCGUCUGACGCCAGAGGAUAUUGAACGUAUGAUCAAGGAUGCUGAACAGUUUGCUGAGGAAGACAAGAAAAUCAAGGAAAAGGUUGAGGCACGGAAUGAGCUUGAAUCAUAUGCUUACUCUCUGAAAAAUCAGGUGGCUGACAAAGAGAAAUUGGGUGGGAAACUCAGCUCUUCAGAAAAAGAAAAAAUGGAAGAAGCCAUAGAAGAAAAAAUUAAAUGGCUGGAUGAAAAUCAAGAUGCUGAAGCUGAAGAAUUCCAAAGACAAAAGAAAGAAUUGGAAGAUGUUGUUCAACCAAUCAUCUCUAAAUUAUAUGCAGGUGGAGCUCCUCCUGGUGGGGAUAGUGACAGUGAUGACUUAAAAGAUGAGCUUUAAAAUAGUUCUGUUUUAGGUAAAUAAAUUGCAUUUACUCAUUUUAAGAAUAGCCUGGUGGAUUUUAUUAUCUCAGCUGCAUCUUCUGUUUUAGUUCGUUGUGAUCUGUGAUCAUUUUGAAGUGCAGACGAACAAAAUUGUAUACAACUGUAGAAGCUCAAUUCUGCAAAAUUGUUUCAUAUAUUACUUAAUUUUUUUUUGAAUUAAUAUAUUAAUGUACAAUUCAUUUUGGAUGAAAUAACGUUAUUUGUGAAAAGUCCUUUUUGAUUAUAUUUUUAUGUUAAUUUAUUAUGUUUUGUUUAGGUCUUUGUUACAAAAAUGUGAUGUUUUUCCUGUAUUGUGGAAAAAAAAUUUUUUAUUAUAAAACCUCAUUUUUUAAUUUUUUUACAAACUUUAUAUAUUUUUUUUUUCUCU